AUGUCCGAACCUAACACGUCAACUGUUGUAGGAUCUGAAAUUUCUACUGCUGAGAUUGGCAAACAAACCAAGAAAAAUAAGGCUAGAAAGGCCAGACAAAAGGCUAAGAAGAAAGCAGAGAAGGAAGGGUUAUCUGUCGCAUCUGUUUCAACAGCAUUUGGAGUUAUGGAUGACGAAGAUGAAGAUGAAGCGAACUUAUUAUGUCCACCAGAACAACUGCAAUCUGAACGUAGGAAUAGCCUUUUACUUGAAGCUGAGGGAAACUUUGAAAGUAAGUCUGUCAAUGACGCUAUAUCUUCGAUAGCUCAGCGCAGUGCUUCAGUUACAGAAGAGAAGAUCUUGAAGAAAGAGCCAUCAUCCGAACAGGAUGUGGCUCAAGAUGUCGAAGAAGAAGACGACGAAGUAAAAGAAGAGGCCAUUGACUUUAAUCUUGACAGUUUUAAUGAAAAUAAGCAUACUGACCUUGAUGUGAGAGAAGAAAUCACUGGUAAUGAAGAUGUUGAUGAAGGAUAUGUAGAAGAAGAACAAGUACCAAUAGUGGAACCAUCAACAGCCGUUGAGCCAGCAUUCGGAGGAAUUGAAAACCAAGAGGAUCCGAUGACAUUGGUUGCUGAUAUGCACACAAGUAAACUUCAAGAGUAUAUUCCUUCUUCAAAAUUAGAACAAGAACUGGCAACGGUAUACGAACCUACCGAGGAUCAGCUAGUGGUAGAAAGCACCACCAAUGAUCCUCCACAGGAAGAGUUGCCAUGGUUAUCCAACGAUUCAGCACAGGAGGGUGAAAAAUUACCUUGGGAAAAUUCCACUGUAGAUGAAGGGAAGACCGAGAACACUUUGGAUUGGUUAAAGUCUGCGGAAGAUGGCAGUGCCGAAUUCCCUUGGGACAAUAACCAACAACCUACUGAUCAUAUAUCUAAUGUUGAGAUUGAAAAGAAUGUCGUAGACGAGCUCGCUGAGCGGGGAUCUACAUCAGUUCCAACUUUAAUUCAAGGGGGAAAUUUUGAUCAAGUCGAUUCUUCUCCGAAUCAAGAAUCUACCAUUCAACACGAAGUGAACUUGGAACUGGAUGGAGGUUAUAAAUUCCCCAUUGCAGAACAUGAGCAUACCAAAAUCCAAGAGGCGGAAGUUCCGGCAUUUGUUACCGAACAAGACUCUACAGAAGUCGAAGGAAUUGCAAAGGAAGCAGUACCAGAGGAGCCCAAACAAGCCCCAGUUGAUAAGACUGCAAAAUUAAGUAACAUUUUUGGGGAGUUGGAGGAGGAUGAUGACUUCUUUGCAAGUAUUUCUAAGAAUACCCCAAGCGAACCAGUUGUUUCCGAACGGACUGCUAGUGACUCUUCUCAUGUCAAACCAGCAACUACUGAGCCAGUUGUCAAUAAACCUGUGAUUCCAGCAUCUGUCUCGGAUGUAACGUUGGACAAGAUUGAACAAGCUUCUAAUGUACCUAACGUACCAAGUGCUAAUUCUUCUAAAAAGGCGUUAUCUCUUGCAUUUCUUGAUGAUGAUGACUUGCUCUUUGAUGAAGAGCCAUUGGAUAAAACUCCAGUUUCAAAAGUUCAGAAACCAAGAGCCCCUCAUUCAUACUUGCCAUCAAAUACGUCCACCACGUCAUCUACCCGAUCUAGUCUGUAUGCCCCUCCAAUUGUGAAUAAGAAUCACCAAACCGCUUCUGAAUUCACGGAACAACUCAAUGCAGCAAAGAAGAAGAAUGACGCUUAUGAUUUCCCUGUUGAAUUUUUACCAGAAAAAAAGAAACCAGUCCCUCGCAUUCCGUCCAACAAAUAUGGUCCAUCUUCUACCCCAAAGGUUCCCCAAUCGAACUCACAAGCACCUGCAUCCUCCAACACAGGACCUGUUCCAGGUCCACCUAAACCUGUUGCAACUCCUAAACCAUUCUACGAGGAAUUGCCUAUUGACUUACCUAAACCUGCACCAAGACCACCAAGAGUUCCAAAGCAACAAGCACAACAAAUUCAGCAAAGUUUCCCGGCUGCCCUGCAAAAUACACCACCACCACCACCACCAUCAAUUGUUCCUGUUGCUAAACCUAAUCCAUAUGCUCCAAAAGUUAGCCCUGUUGUACCAAUGGCAAAUGUUAGGGCUGGUCCAGUUCCACCAGUAUCCGCCCUCAGUAGCCAACAUCCACAACCACAUUCCAUGCAACCAGGAAUUCAACCAUUCCCAUCGGUUCAACAAAAUAUGGCUCCACUAGGACAAGGAUCUACACAUUUGCAACCGACAGUACCUGGACAUGGGGCAUUACAAGGAUUACCACAACCUCCAGCCCGUAAAAUUUCCAAUCCUCAACCAAUAAACACCAACUUGCCAAAGGCUACUGGAAGCAAUUCAGCUACUAGUCCCUAUGUUCCAAAUGCUGGUCCAUAUGCCCCAACAGGACACAGAAGAACACAUUCAAGGGCAAGCUCCCUAGUUGGUGUCAAAGGAAAGGAAGUUAAUCCAUAUGCUCCAGCUUUGCCACCAGUGCAACAAUUAGGACCAAAUGAUCAAAUUCCUUUAUCUGGCAUUGUGGCCCCACCACCAAAUCAGGGAAUUGCACUCCCCCCAUCAGGAUUUGUACCACCUCCAGUAAACUCCGCUCCUCUGGCAUUUGCUGGAGUACCUGCCAUGACCGCACCCCAUGGUGCUGGAAGACCUCGGGGAACAUCGAAUUCGAGGCCAAAUAUAUACGCAAAGAGCCAUGCUGCUCAAAUAGCAGCAACCCAAGCAGCAGCCCCGAAAGUACAAAAUCCAGCAGCCUUACUUCAAAGACAAUUUCCUAUCUUCAGUUGGAGUAACUCAGGAAAUGUAGCGUAUUUAAUUCCAACGAUGUCUUCAAACCCUACAUACGAUACUCCUAUUCCAAUCAAUAGACCUAGUAUUGUCGUAAGUAGCGUUACAAAAUCACUCAAAUUGAGUAACUCGUUUGCAUCGUUCCCUGGUCCAUUGAGCAAGGCUUCAGCAAAAGGAAAGAAAAAGGAAGUGGAAAAGUGGUUAGAAUCGAAUAUUGCAGCACUUGGUAACAAUAACGAUAUUUCUAAAACAGACGAAAUCCUUUUGAACCAAGUACUUUUGCACUUUCUACACAGUGGUGGUGAAGUCCAAUCCAAAGUUUUCAUUGAGAAUGUAUGCCCACUUUUGAAUCCUAGUUUUGAUUCGAGUGCAAAUACCGAUCUGUAUAAUAUGAAUAAUAAGAAUGUUACUCCUACUGCAUUCAGACUCGACAACAAUGGAUAUAUUAUUUUAUUGGGAUUCUUACAAGCAGGAAAGACUGAAGAAGCACUCUCAUUCUGUAUGUCUAAGGGAGAUUUCGCUAUGUCCCUUUUGAUUGCGAACAUUAUAGGAAAAGAGAAAUUUGAAAAAGUCGCUUCUGACUUUGCUAGGAUUAUAUUCCCAUUCCAAAAGUCUCAAAGUAAAGUACACCAUUUGAUGCCAAUUUUACUUAAGGCAUUAUCUGGUGCAUCAAGCUCUGUAAUUCAAGAUUUAAUUAGUGUACCAUCAGAAGCUGAAUGGGCAAUUCAACAUUGGCGCGACAUUGUUUCACUGGUUAUUGUUAGUGGUUCCGAGAAUUCUCAGUCGUUCUGUAUGGAAUUUGGAAGGUUUUUAUCUGAUUCUUCCCAAAGUAUCCCUAGUGAUAUUUGUAACAUCUUAGCUGGUGUUCGCCUUUCGCCACCUUCCACCAAUCCAACAUUUUCCACUGUUGGCGCAAGCACAUUUUCAUCCGCCAUAUAUUCUGAAAUUUAUGAAUAUGCUUUACUUACGUCGCUGAUACCUCACCCAAUGGAUCCACAACAUGGAUACCCACACUUGUUUUCAGUGAAGGUAAAACAUGCUCAAGUUUUAGCCGAUUAUGGUUUGUACAUUGAAGCCCAAAAGUAUUGUGAUUAUAUUGGACCUAUUUUGAAGUCUUCUAGACCACAGGGUUCCAAUACUAAUAAUAUUCUUUGGCGUGAGUUCCAAGAUUUGGCCAUGAGAGUGUCUGCUACCAACAAUCAAGAUCUGGGUUGGUUUGGAAAUAAGAUUAGUAAGGUGAACCUAGACAAGAUGUGGGGACAUUUGGACAAGUUUAUUGGGGGAGAUGAACCAAAGAGCAAGGGUGAACAAGGUGUCUUUAGUAAAUUUAGUCCUUCGAUCUCCAGAACUACGUCGACUUUGGAUUUCACAGCUACUGGGGGAUUACAUAACCAACCACUGAGCCAAAUCCAAGCAAUGCAACAUUAUGGUGGUGGCCAAUCCAAUCACCAAUCCGCCCCUAAUACUUCGUCGGACAAUAACACUUUUGGUUACCCUACUAAUGGUAAAUUGCAAGAAAACCGAUCUGCUCCACCUCUUACAAGAGGUCACACGGUUGGAAAUGUCCCAAAGUAUGCUCCGUCCAUGGGCCAUGUAUCUGGACCUCCCGACGAAUACCCUUCACCUCAACCAAUUUCACGUGGUGGCUUUGAAUCGAACUCUAGAUAUGCACCAUCGAAUGUUUCAUCACUGAGCUUACCAUUGAACGGUCAAACUGAAAACCAAAUUAAUUCUACAAGGAAGAGAGAGAAAUAUGCAGCAGGCGUACAGAGAAAUACGGUGGCUGAAUCGUCUUUUGGGUAUUCGAAUCAAGAAGCUCAACUCUCUAACCUGUCUGUUGUUAUGCAUCCAGUUGGAUCUGGAUCUACUGAAGUACCAACUACUACUAUACCACUAAUUGAAACGCCUCCUGCUCAUUAUGCACAACCUUUUGUCGAAGCUGCGGUACCUCCGACCGGCGCUGAUUCUAGCAACCUCAGAUAUCAACAGGUUACUCCACAAACCUUCCAUCCUUCAAUGAACAAAAGACCAUCAGUUGGAAGCAUUCUAUCUACGGAGAAUUUUGGAAAUCCCGAUGCCAUUCGCGCUCAAAACCACUCUCCAUCGGUACAGAGUGAUAUCAGCUUAGACUACCCACCAGAGUUCAAGUCGACUCCUUCACGCAAAUUUGGUGAAUUUCUGACAGGAUCCAAUUUGGGAUCACCAGAACGGAAAAGAGAUUUAGUAGAUCAUAUUGUCGCAGAGACGAUAAACGAAUCACCUGAACCAACUGUUCUGCAAGAAAACAUCGCUUCUCUACCAGCAGCACCUCCUCAAUCGGCAGCGCCACCUGUUUUGGCCCCACCUACACUCCGGAACCCAACUUUCACUCAACAAAAGAGGGAGAGAUUCAAUCCUUAUGCACCUGGAGCUCAAACUAGUGCUCGUUCGAACCAAAGAAAGAAUAAAUAUGGACCACCAGUUGGUUCCCUGAAGAAUGAUUCAAACUUUGUUCCCCCAGCCUUCCCACAAGCGGAUAUGUUCAGUUAUGGAGGAUACCAAGCUGGUUCUGAGCCUGAAAAGGCACAAGAAAAGAAGGCUGAAAAGGAGCCCGAAUCAAAGCAACCUGAAAAUUUGAAGGAGGAUAUUAAAUCUAAUGACGUAGCUCAGGAUACAAGCGAAGAACCAGUAUCUUCUAAUGUUGAUGUUAGUUUCGAAAGUGAAUAUCCGAAUACCAACGAAGCUAAACCAACUGCACCAAUGUUACGUCAAUUCCCUGCAACACCUGAAGUGAAACCCGACUCAAUGUUCAACCCAUACCAAAGAAAUGAGCUUGCCCCUACAAAUAUCCCAGGAUUUAACAAUUUUGGCGAGUUCCCUGUACCAGGCACCCCUGAUUAUACUACACGUGCAAAUUCUGUAAUCGGUGAUAAUAUGGGUGGAGGAGGGUUUUAUUCGUCAAGACUUUCCCAAUCACAUCAACUGGCUAUGUACCAACAGUACGAGGUCGAGGAUGACACCGUCAAGGAAUUUAUCCCAGUUGUUGAAGAAGACGAAGAUGAAGAUGAAGACGAUAGAGCUAACCGUGAAGCAGAGAGGAAGAGAGCACAGGAAGAGGCAGAGAGGGAGGCGAAAAAGUUAGAAGAUGAGAAGAGAAAAGCUACAGAAGAAGCUGAAAAGAGAACUAAGUCAAAGCCAGAAGAAUCACAGGCUGCUCCUGGCACUCCUGGAAAGCUGGGAUGGUUUAACUGGCUAGGGAAAGAUGACGGGAGACCAAAGGCCAUUAGAGCUAAAUUGGGGGAGUCAAAUGCUUUCUAUUACGAUGAGGAAUUGAAAAAAUGGAUCAAUAAGAAUGUUCCACGUGAAGAACAACUCAGGGCUGCAGCACCUCCACCACCACCUUCUAUGAAGAAGAAGACAACACCGCCAAAUCAGUCCGGGACACCUAGUCUUGACGCAGAUGCUAGAAAAUCAAGUGGUCCACCAGGUCCGCCAGGACCACCAGGACCAUCGGGACCAUCAAGAACACCAGGACCACCAGGACCACCAGGUUCUACGGUAUCAACCACACCAGGCGCUCCACUUUCGGCUGCGCCAUCUUUAACUGGGACGCCAACGCCAGGUCCUAAUUUGGUAAAUGCUGGUUUAGAUGAUUUACUUACCCUUGGAGCACCAUCUGCUGGUGCACGUAAGCUGAAGAGGGGUCCCAAGAGAGGUUACGUUAACGUGAUGAAUCAAUAA